AUGACGGUCUCGAAUCCCCUCCUAAAAGAACUGAAAGGUUGGACACGAAAAUUAACAGAAACAGACAAAGAAAUUGAUGAUGAAAAUAAGGACUUGGCUUUCUUUUGCAAAAGUCUAGAAAAAUGUUUCCAAAAAGGUAUAUUAAUGCACUUAAAUCCUAUAAACUUUCCAAAAUUACCUGAUGCUUGGUAUUGGUUAGAAGAAAUUGCAGAAAAACAUUUUAGUUCCUGUUGUACUUACUCUUUGGUGGUUGAACAAGUGAAAAAUGUCCCAAAAGUAUACACACCAACUGGGCAUCUUAGGCUUUUAAUUAGAACAUGUUUGAUGCGAAAAUGUCUUCAUAUGCCAGUUGAAAUGCUGGUCAGAACACCAUUAAUGGCUACAUACUACUAUGAUAAAAACAGUAUUCUGGGUGAUAAUAUUCUUGGAGAAAUAUUUUUGUCAGUAUUAUUGCAAAGCAGUAAAUUAAAUUUUAAAUUAAAUUUAAGGAAUUCUAGUUUUCUGGACGAAUCUUGGCAACUUCCAGAAUGUCUGGCAUUGGAAUUAGUACCAUGUAAAAAUUUAGGUAUUUCUGUAUGCUUUACCAAAGGAAGAGCUUUAAUAAUUAAUUUGGACAAAAACUCUGUAGCUGCAGAAGAUGAUAAAGUUGAAAUUGGAGAUGUAUUGGAUGAGAUAAAUGGAAAUGCUAUAACAUCUAAUACCAAAGGACAAUUAUGUAAAUUUAUGAAAAAAUCUAUUGGUCAACCAGUAUGCUUACAUGUCAUUAAACAUCGCAAUAAAAGAACACGUGAAUUGUACGCGCCAAUUGUGCACCUUAUAAGAAGUUCUGGUAUUGAAGGUCUAAAAAAAAUCUUAAAAAGAUUUAAUUCGGAAAUACAUGAUAGUGAAGGUGAAAAGUCUGAAUUAGUUAAGCCAGAAAACAAAUCGCUAAAUGCUGGAUUUUCCGUUAAAUAUUGUGGUUCCGUAUAUAUCGGGACAGAAGGAGAUGUCAAACAAAUAGAAAAAGCAAUUCUACAAGUACUAAAAUCAGAAGAAGUAAAAUCAGUGCCUGUGAAAUUUGAAUGUUUAGAGAUAGGAAUUAGAGUGACUCGAGAUUCGGAUGACAUAGUAAUAUGUAAACAAAGUUACAUGGAAAUUUCAUCUUGCGGUCGGACUGGAAACAUUCCUAAUUAUUUUGCAUUCAUUGCGGGCGACACUAUCUGCAAUUUAGCAACCAAAUUUAAUGCAUAUGUGUUCUACCAUUAUAAUGAAAGUGAGGUACAGACCAUAUUGCAAAGUUUGGGUCAAGGAUUUCAGCGUACUCAUUUUGCAGUUUAA